UCGAAAAGGAUGACAUAGGAAAUAUGUCGCUCAUUUUGAUUUAUUUUCGCAAUCUUUUCACAAUUUAAUUCAGGAAAAAAUAUCAAAAUGGCAUUGCCGAUAAGUAAACUUACAGCAUUGAAAAUAUUAGGACUAGUAAUUGGAUGUGCGGGAAAGUUUACAACUGGUUCACUAUUUGUGUUUAGCGUUUACCAGGAUGCCAUCAAAGACACAUUCAACUACACACAAAAGGAAGUUGAACUUUUAUCCUCAAUGUUGAAUAUUGGACUCGGAGUAGGAUUUUUACCAGGAAUGUUUUAUGACCAUUUUGGACCUCAGUGGGCUUCCGCCGUGGGACUAUUUAUCUCUGUUUCAGCGUACAUGCUGAUUUGGAGCUCUACUAAAUCGGUGCAAUUUUACUCAGGAAACUCCUGGCUUAUGGCGAUUUAUUUCUUCGUUUGUGGACUCGGAUCUAUUUUCACCUAUAUGGUAGCUUUGAAUACGAACAUUAUCAAUUUUGAUAAAAAGCACACUGGAAAAAUUGUCGGCCUGCUAAAUGCUUUCUUCGCUGGAAGUCCGUCUGUGUUUGCUGCAAUGUAUUACCAUCUAUUCACCCAUGGCGAUCCGACAGACACCUCUAAUCAAGAUUUUCCUGGAUUCAUGCUUCUGUUUGCGAUAAGUUUUGGCGUGGUUGAUAUUUUAUGCAUACUUUUUCUGAAAGUACGUAAGGAUGAUUCACCAGCAUUUGUCAACUUUGAAAAUGAUAUAUCUAGUAAAAAUAAUAUUGUAACGUCUUCUAACUCUGGUGGUAGCCAUGAGGUGUUUUGUUUCGCAAGAAGGAAUGGAAGACAAAGCAUAAUUGGUGAUAUCAACGGCGACAAUUCAACUCAAAACUACAUGAUCGCAGAUAACAUUGCUGAAAGAUCUAUGAGCCUGAAGGAAAUUUUAUUGAAUGUUGAUUAUCAGAUAUUAACUUGGCUUAUUGCCUUUGCUUCUGUGAUUGGUCUCGUCUAUGCUAACAAUACCACCGUCAUUAGUGGGUCGCUUCAUUUGGACCAGUAUAAUGACAGAUUAACGAUAAUCAUACCCAUUACAAAUGCAAUUGUGAGUGCAUUGGUUGGAGUUAUCUCAGACCACUUUAAGGACAAAUUUCCGAGAAUGUGGAUCUUAAUAUUUGGUAGCAUAUGCUUCACAGUGUCACAAAUUUUAGUAUUUUUCUUCGCAGAGACAUUGGGUUUGUUAGUUGUGUCGGCAAUUUUUGUUGGAUUCGGAGUGGCAAUCCUGUGGUCAAUGGCACCUACUAUUAUGAAAGAAAUGUUUUACAUUGGUAACUUGGGUAGAAAUUGGGGCAUUGCCUUACUCAUAGCUGCGUUAAUUGGUUUCGGGAUUCAGGAGUCAUAUGGCGCCAUCUAUGAUGCGGAAAUAGGUCCUGAAGGAGAUGGUGUACACUGUUACGGAAUGAAAUGUAUACGAGGAGGAACAGCAAUAUGCAUCGGUAGUGGAUCUUUGUCUAUUGUUCUGGGUAUAGUGAUGCAAUUAAAGAAGAAACUUUGCAAAUGAGAAAGAAAAUUUUGAAUUUGGAAAAAGUUGUUUGCUUAUUGCUCUAGAGACACCGUUAUGCCCCUAACAGUGAUUACCACACAGCGGAAUUAUAUGAAUAGAAAUAUAUAUAAUCAAUAACAUAAAGUUAGCAGAUAUGUAAAACAGGUUUUCAUUGAAGGGCAGAUAUUAUUAGAAUUUUAAUAUAUCUAGGGUCCGUAAUAUUUUAAAACAAACUAUUAUCUGCAUUCCAUGUUGUUCGGUUAUUUCCAGAAUCCGUGAAUGCCUAAAGUUUCUAUUUCAAGAAUUUGUCAUUUUAUCUAUUCUUAAGAAUGAAUGGAGACAAGAUGUAGAUAAAAGAUCAUCAUUAUCUCUGUUUAACCUUUAGCCUGAUGUCAGCAAGUGAUUCUGCCUUGCGACCAGUGCAGACCAAGAUCAGCCUGCACAUCCAGAGUAUGGCAGACCUCUUUACACUUAGCAAUGCUUAACUACUAAAAGACUUGCAAUAAACUGUGUCAAGGCUUUUAAACAAAGAAGAAAUGAAUUUAACUAUAUGUAUUAAAAUACUUAUGAAAGUAAGAAGUGUUUACAUCCUGUAACAUAUAUAACACCAACCAUGCAUAUGAUGAAUGUAUUUUCGUGUAAAGUGAUUAACUGAUAAAUUGAUGGUUUUAUCAUCAGUCAUUUGUAUUCAGUCUCGCUGUUUUCAUUCAUACAUUUAUAUUUAGGUUAUGAAUACGAUCCACUGUGUUCUAGUCAAUUUUAUUGAAUAAACUUCUGUUCUGUU